CACAGCAGGAGGAAUGGAAACUUCUUUCUGAGAUGAAAGUGGACAGCCGGCUGCUGAUUCCUCUUCAAGCACGGAGCCUAGAUAAUGCGACUUGUUCACUGCCACUGACAAUGACCAUGACCCUUCACACAAAAAGCUCUGGGGUUGCCUUAUUGCACCAAAUACAAGGCAAUGAAUUAGAGCCUCUCAGCAGACCACAGCUGAAGAUUCCUCUGGAACGACCGAUCAGCGAAAUGUAUGUGGACAGCAGCAAGACUGGGGGGUUUAACUACCCAGACGGUGCUGCCUAUGAUUUUUCCACUGCCGCUCCAGUGUACAGCUCAACCAGCCUCAGUUAUGCCCCUGCGAGUGAAUCGUUUGGCACCAGCAGUCUGGGAGGAUUUCAUUCCCUGAACAAUGUUCCCCCAAGCCCUGUUGUCUUUUUACAGUCGGCUCCACAACUUUCGCCUUUUAUUCAUCACCACAGUCAACAGGUACCUUACUACCUUGAGAACGAAGCAACCAGUUUCGCCAUGAGAGAAGCUGCUCCCACAGCAUUCUACAGGCCUGGCUCGGAGACCAGACGUCACAAUGGCAGAGAGAGAAUGACCAGCACCAAUGAAAGGGGAAACCUGUCUAUGGAGUCUACCAAGGAGACCCGCUAUUGUGCUGUUUGCAAUGAUUAUGCUUCUGGCUACCAUUAUGGGGUUUGGUCCUGCGAGGGCUGCAAAGCCUUUUUUAAAAGGAGCAUUCAAGGUCAUAAUGACUACAUGUGCCCUGCUACCAACCAGUGUACCAUUGACAAGAACAGAAGGAAAAGCUGCCAGGCUUGUAGGCUCCGAAAAUGCUAUGAAGUUGGAAUGAUGAAAGGUGGUAUGUAUGACCCUAUAAAUCUUAAUCCGUUUUACAAAUAUUUUCCAUCCUCAGAAAUCCCCUAUGUGACUAACUUUUCACUCAUUAAUCACCUUGCAUCUUGUAAUAUUUACCUUCAGUUAAAUUGGCAUAUGGUUACAGCUUAA